AUGAUUCUUUCAAAAUUCUCUCUUCUCGCCAUAUUUGCUGCGAUUUUGGCUAUCGGGUCCCCAAUCCCUGGAGUAUCCGAGGCUGUUGAAACCUUGGAUCAACCGAACCCUCUAUCUGUGAACAGCACCAUUGUUGAGGAUGCCACCAGAAAAUUCUCUCUCCCUAUUCUUCCAAUAGGAGAACCAGCACAGUCUCCCGGACCAAACAAUGGCCAAUACGGCAUGCAGCAAUCUCACAUGCUUGACUCAGCUGCCACGACUGACGCGGCCAAACUAGAGCGCAGAAGCUUUUGGGCCGACGUGGAGCGUUGCUCAAGAGAAAACAACUACCAAGACGGCCAGUGUAUCAACAUGGUCAACGCCACACCAUACCGCUGGCGCAGAGGGUACUAUCACUCGUACCGCGUGAGCGCCUGGGAGGAGAGAUGGCCCGAGUACAUCGAGCCUGGCGAGUCCAUCGCUGUCCUCGCAAAGAUGACCAACACCGGCAUAUUCGACAGGCCUGAAGAUUCCGCCGCAGAGGUCGCCUACCACAUGGAGGGCACCAGCAAGCCCAUGUCAUUCAUGCUAGAAUAUCGACCCGGGAGGGCGCACAUCCCGUGGAUCAGGCUCCUCGACGACCUCGAGAUCAUGAAUCACUACAAGGGAGCCGAGUUCAGCCUAGGAGGGAGAACAUCCCCAAACGGCGUCGGCUUCACCAUCGCCGGGACAGAGGGAGACUUCAUCACCAACGACGGACCCGCGGCGUGGAUGCAGGCCAUGGUCGACGAUCUCGGCGACAAGCCCCUCCGCGAGAUCGUCCUCGGCCGCAGCCACCACGCCGGCAUGUGGAAGGGCAUCGGCGGCUUCCCCAACACCUGGUGGAACACCGUGACGCAGGAGGCCACGUUGUACGACCAGCUGCGCAACGGAGGCUCCCGGGUCCUCGACGCGCGCAUCGUAAGGACGGCGGGCAGGUUCCACGUCUGCCACGGCGCCCUAGUGGACAAGACCUUCCUCGGGAGUCUCGGGGUCAGGUUCGACGAGCUCAUCGAGCAGACUAACCAGUUCAACGAGGACUACCCCGGAGAGCUCAUCAUCUGGGACCUGCACCCGGACGAGGCCUUCAAGAUCGGCGGAAAGUCAGGCGGAGAGGGGUGGGUUUAUGAGGAAAUGGAGUACGGGUACCUUGACGGGGAGGGCCGCGCCGACUUUCUCGAAAGCCUCAAGGCCUUGGACCAUCGCAUUUCUCUCCCGGAAGGUGUUGACAUCACGAAGCUGCCGCUCAACAAGUUCAUUAACUCAAAGGACAAAAAACCCGCCGUCAUCAUCCGAGUUGAUGAGCGGUGGCUCAGGAGUGUGGACCGAGAGCGUUGGCCGGGUCCAAGCGAGGGGUUCGUGACAAACAAAGACUUUCCAAUGACAUCGACUUGGUCCGAGAUGCCGGAGAUCGAGGCCGUGGUCGAGCAUCAGCUUCGGAGGCUGGACGAAGUCGAAGUGUCCCGCACCUCGGAGGUCUACGACAUGCAAUGGCUCCAGACGCUCGUGGGGUUCGGUGCGGUCUGGCCAUUGGGUGUCUCUCUCAUCUCCAUGGCCGAUCAGGCUUGGGAUGCGGCAUUCAGAGAGUUGUUUAAUGCGCUCACGCCGGAUCGUUAUCCUAACUGGUUGACGGUGGACGGUAUCCGAAACUCGGAGCUGAAGACCCUGGUAAUGGCGAUGAAUCACUGCUUCGUCCUUGAGAGAUGCGGGGAUUGGGUGGAUGAGAGACGAUGA